CCCCGGCUCUCCACGCUCGCUGGGGUCCCUGCGUGACCACUCGGGAGACUCCGUGGACAGGAGUGGGUUCCAGAAGCCCAAGGCCAUCAGGGUGUCAGCCCGGUGUCCACUCGUCCCAUGCUCUCCAGGAGCCUGUGAAGCUUCACUCUGUGCCAGCCUCAGGAGCACAACCUCAUCUCGUCACCUGCAGUCCAGGCAGCUCUGCCGCCAUGGCCAUAUCAUCACGCCUCGCCCUGUGGGAGCAGAAGAUUCGAGAAGAGGACAAGAGCCCCCCUCCGUCCUCCCCACCUCCCCUGUUCUCUGUCAUCCCUGGGGGCUUCAUCAAGCAGCUGGUUCGAGAGACAGAGAAGGAGUCCAAAGAGGCCAGACGGAGGAAAGAGGCAACAUUCGCCUCCCCAGAAGGAGAAACCCCAGAAGUUCCCACUAACCAAGCCAACAAGACCAACCCAGUCCCCAAGCCUGGAAGCCGGCAGACUUCCCAGGACAGCCCAUCAGCCACCACGAAGAGUGCGGACAUUCCAGGCAGGGAGCCCCCAGGGGCUGAAGACAAGAACGCCGCCGCGUCCGCGUCCGUGACCAGCACUACUGGGGAGCGGCCGCAGGAGUCGGGUCCCGCGGGAGCACCAGCCAAAAGGACACUGCCCUUCAAGAGGGGCGUGAGGAGGGGUGAUGUGCUGCUGAUGGUGGCCAAGCUAGAUCCGGAGUUGGCCAAGCCAGAGCAGAAGACUCAACCUCGUGACACCCCCUCGGACAAGACCCCAGCUCCAGACACAGACCCUGGAGGGACAAAGAAGGAGACAACCACGGGGACUCCCUGUGGCCCCCGGGCACCCAUACCAGAGAAGACCAGGACUAGGGGUGACGGAGACACAGGCCAGGGCACGAAAGGUGGGAAGUGUCAGGGCACAGAGGGAAAGGGGAGCCGGGACCCCCAGACCAAAGGGCAAAAAGAAUGUGAGUCCCAGAGCACGGAGGGGCAGGGGACCGGGUCCCCAGCCCAGGGGGCAGGAAACAAGGGGCAAGAGGGGACAGCAGAGAAAGAAGGAGGGGGUGCUCCAAAGAAGAUGGAAAAGGGGGGUGGACCCAAGGAUGCAGGCACUGAAGUGAGACCCAUGGAGCCCCCAGUCCCCACGAGGAAGUGGGGAGGUCCCCUGGGCCCAAGGAGCAAGUGGGGCAGUCCUCAGAGUAAGAACAGAGAGCGUGAACCUCGACGUAGGGACGAGAAGAUGGGUGACCUCCAAGGCACAGCAGAGCCCAGGGGGCAGCAGCGGGAGGCUCCAGGAAGGAAGGAAGAGGCAGGGAAACCCCAGAAGAAGCCGGUGACACCAGAGGAACACCGGGAGCAGCCCGGGGUGGCAGCUGCGACUCAGAGUCCUGAGGAAAGCCGCGAGGCCCCAGCUACGGAAGGGACAUUGGCAGGCGCUGCAAGGAAGGAGGACCAGCCAGAAAGCAGGGUGCGGGGAGCCGAGGAGCCCUGUGCGCGUGCAGAGGAAGAUGUGGACAUUGUGGAGCCUCAGGCAGAAGGUCAUGUAGCGUCUGCCCCCAAGAUCCGAGUGGAAAAGCCUUCUAUGCAGAAGCCUGUGGAGGAGGAGACGGGCCCGCAGGACCCAGGCCAUGGGGGCCAGAGUGGAGACUCUGACCAGGGUCUGGAGGAGAGUUGGUACGAGGCACAGAAAGUGUGGCUGGUGCAGAAGGACGGGUUCACACUUGCGACAGUGCUCAAACCAGACGAGGGGACGGCUGACCUGCCGCCCGGAAGGGUGCGGCUUUGUAUUGAUGCCGACAAGACUGUCACAGAGGUGGAUGAGGAGCAGGUUCACCGAGCCAACCCCUCUGAGCUGGACCAGGCCGAGGACCUGGCUUCUCUGGUCAGCGUUAACGAGUCAAGCGUCCUGAACACGCUUCUACAGCGCUACCGGGCUCAGCUGCCACACACCCGUUCAGGCCCUGAUCUGAUCGCCAUGCAGCCCCAGACGACCACAGUGUCCUCUGCAGGGAAGGUACUCCGAGGCCGCCAGGAUGGCCUGCCCGCCCAUGUCACGUCCCUGGCCCAGCGUGCCUACUGGGCACUGCUGAGGCAGAGGAGAGACCAGAGCAUCGUGGCUCUGGGCCGGAGUGGGGCUGGGAAGACCACCUGCUGUGAGCAGGUGCUGGAGCACCUGGUGGGCAUGGCAGGCAGCGUGGAUGGCAGGGUGUCAGUGGAGAAGCUCCGGGCUGCCUUCACUGUCCUCCGGGCCUUUGGCUGUGUGUCCACCGGCCACAGCCGCAGGGCCACCCGCUUUGCCGUGGUGACAUCCUUGGACUUCAAUGCCACGGGCCGAGUCACAGCCGCUCAGCUCCAGACAAUGCUUCUGGAGAACAGCCGUGUGGCCCGGCAGCCCCAAGGGGAAGGCAACUUUGAAGUUUUCUCUCAGCUGCUCGCUGGGCUGGAUGCAGAUCUCAGGACGGAGCUGAACCUGCACCAGAUGGCUGAGAGCAGUGCCUUCGGCAUGGGGGUGUGGUCCCAGCCUGAAGACAAGCAGAAGGCCGCGGCCGCGUUUUCCCAGCUCCGGGGCGCCAUGGAGCUGCUGGGCAUCGCGGAGGGGGAGCAGCGAGCCAUCUGGCGGGUGCUGGCAGCCAUCUACCACCUGGGCGCAGCAGGCGCGUGCAAAGUGGGCCGGAAGCAGUUCAUGCGGUUUGAGUGGGCCAGCCACGCUGCCGAGGCCCUGGGCUGUGACUACGAGGAGCUGAAUACCGCCACCUUCAAGCACCACCUGCGGCAGAUUAUCGAGCAGAUGACAUCAGGGCCACAGCGCCAGGGCCUGGAGGACAAGGACGCCUGCUCAGGGCUCAAGAUGACGGGCGUGGAGUGUGUGGAGGGGAUGGCCUCCGGCCUGUACCAAGAGCUCUUCGCGGCUGUGGUCUCUCUCAUCAACAGAUCUUUCUCCUCCCACCAUCUGUCUAUGGCCUCCAUCAUGGUGGUCGACUCUCCCGGCUUUCAGAAUCCUCGGCACCAGGGCAAAGACCGGGCGGCCACCUUCGAGGAGCUGUGUUACAAUUACGCCCAGGAGCGUUUGCAGCUGCUGUUCUACCACAGGACCUUUGUCUCGACUCUGGAGAGAUACCAAGAGGAAGGCAUUCCUGUGCACGUUGACCUCCCAGAAUCCUCCCCAGGAACUACGGUGGCUGUUGUGGAUCAUAACCCCUCCCAGGUCCACUUCCCAGCUGGAAGAGGGGCUGAGGAUGCCGGGGGCCUCUUCUGGGUCUUGGAUGAAGAAGUCCAGGUGGAAGGGUCCAGUGACAGUGUGGUACUUGAGCGUCUACGUGCAGCCUUUGAGAAGAAGGCAGCUGAGGCUGAUGGCCCCCCCGUGCUGCGGACCUGUGAGCAGCCCCUUCAGUGUGAGCUCUUCCACCGGCUGGGACAGGACCCUGUGCGCUAUGACCUCACGGGCUGGCUUCGCAGAGCCAAGCCCAACCUCUCAGCCCUGGAGGCCCCCCAGGUCCUGCAGCAGUCACAAAGGGAGGAGCUGCAGAACCUCUUCCAGGCCCGGGCCAAGCUGCCUCCUGUGUGCCGUGCGGUGGCAGGGCUCCAGGGGACCUCUCAGCAGGCUCUGCACCGGGGGCGUGUGGUGAGGAGGGCUUUCGCGAGUAACACUGCGGCCCUGAAGAGGAAGGCCCCCUGUGCCCAGAUCAAGCUGCAGAUGGAUGCUCUCAUCAGCUUGCUGAGCCGAUCUCAACUGCACUUCAUCCACUGUCUUGUGCCGACCUCAGGGAAAAGCAAGACUGAGCAGGCGACUCCAUCGCCACCACAGCCUGGUGGAGACCAAGGUGGAGCCGACGAGUCCCCAGCUCUGGACAUCCCGGCAUUGAGGGUUCAACUCGCAGGUUCUCAUAUUCUAGAGGCAUUACGACUGCACAGGGCAGGUUACGCUGAACACAUGGGGCUCGCUCAGUUCCGCCGUCGGUUCCAGGUGCUGGACCCUCCACUGCUGAAGAAGCUUGACUUGACCUCCGAGGGACUGGAUGAGAGGAAGGCCGUGGAGGAACUCUUGCAGACCCUGGAUCUGGAGAAGAAAGCGGUGGCCGUGGGGCACAGCCAAGUUUUCCUCAAGGCAGGUGUGGUUUCCAGGCUAGAGAGGCAACGAGAGAAGCUGGUGUCCCGGAACAUCGUUCUCUUCCAAGCAGCUUGCAGGGGCUUUCUGUCUCGCCAGGAAUUUAAGAAGCUGAAGAUCCGGAAGCUGGCCACACAGUGCAUCCAGAAGAACCUGGCUGUGUUCCUGGAGGUCAAGGACUGGCCGUGGUGGGGGCUUCUGGCAUCUCUCCGGCCCCUGCUGAGUCCCACCCUUAGCAUGGAGCAGCUUCGAGCCAAGGAGGAGGAGCUAGCGCUGCUGAGGCAGAAGCUGCAGAAGUCGGAGAAGUCGAGGAGUGAGCUCAGACAGAACACGGACCUGCUGGAGAGCAAGAUCACAGACUUGACCUCAGAGCUUGCUGAUGAACGCUUCAAAGGUGACGUGGCCUGCCAGGCACUGGAGAGUGAGCGGGCAGAGCGCCUUCAGGCACUCCGAGAGGUCCAGGAGCUCAAGGCUAAGUACCAGCAAGUGCAGGAGGCAUUGGGGGAAGUACAGAAGCAGCUGGAGGAGGCACAGCAGAAGAGCCAACUGGUCAACCUUGAAGAGAAGCACGCAGGAGGUGCGGAUGAGUGGCAGAUGCGCCUGGACUGUGCUCAGAUGGAGAAUGACUUCCUGCGUAAGCGCCUUCAGCAGUGUGAGGAGAGACUGGACUCCGAGAUGAAGGCCCGGACGGAGCUGGAGCAGAAGCUCGGGGAGCUGCAGAGUGCUUAUGAAGAGGCCAAGAAGACGGCCCACCAACUGAAGAGGAAGUGCCACCACCUCACCUGGGACCUGGAUGACACACGGGUGCUGCUGGAGAACCAGCAGAGCAGGAAUCAUGAGCUGGAGAAGAGGCAGAAGAAGUUUGACUUGCAAUUGGCCCAGGCACUGGGGGAGUUGAUGUUCGAGAAGACCCUCAGGGAGAAAGUGAACCAGGAGAACAGCGGCGUGCGCUGGGAGCUGGGCCAGCUACAGCAGCAGCUGGAGCAAAAAGAGCAGGAAGCCUCGAAGCUGAAGCAGGAGGUGGAAAAGUUGCAGGGCCAGAAGCGGGAGCUGCUGGGCUGCGCCUCUGUCGGGGAACAAGGUGUGGCCAGCCUGAAAGAGAGGGUCUGGGAGCUGGAGUCCAACGCCCUUGAGCAAGAGAAGGUUCACAGCCAGCAGGAAAACACCAUUAAGCAGCUGGAGCAGCUUCGCCAGCGGUUUGAGUUGGAGAUUGAAAGGAUGAAGCAGAUGCAUCAGAAGGACCGAGAGGACCGGGAGGAAGAGAUGGAGGACGUGCGUCAGUCCUGCCAGAAGCGGCUCCGUCAGCUGGAGAUGCAGUUGGAGCAGGAAUAUGAGGAAAAGCAGGUGGCUGUCCAUGAGAAGCGUGAUUUGGAAGGCUUGAUUGGAACCCUGUGUGACCAGAUUGGCCAUCGUGACUUUGAUGUAGAAAAGCGUCUCCGCCGGGACCUCAGGAGGACGCACGCUUUGUUGUCCGAUGUUCAACUCCUUCUGGCCACCAUGGAGGAUAGCAAGACGUCUGUCAGCAAGGAAGAACUGGAGAAGGUGCACAGCCAGCUGACACAGAGUGAGGCCAAAUGUGAGGAUGCCUUGAAGACCCAGAAGGUGCUGACUGCGGACUUGGAGAACAUGCACAGUGAGCUGGAGAAUGUGACCCGGAGCAAGAGCCUGGUGGAUGAGCAGCUGUACCGGCUGCAGUUUGAGAGGGCAGACCUCCUGAAACGCAUCGACGAGGACCAGGAUGACCUGAAUGGCCUCAUGCAGAAGCACAAAGACCUCAUUGCCCAGUCUGCUGCUGACAUCGGGCAGAUUCAGGAGCUACAGCUGCAGCUGGAAGAAGCCAAGAAGGAGAAGCAGAAGCUGCGGGAGCAGCUGCAGGUGGCACAGCUGCGUAUCCAGUACCUGGAGCAGUCCACCGUGGACCGCGCCAUCGUCAGCAGGCAGGAGGCUGUCAUCUGUGACCUGGAGAACAAGACGGAGUUCCAGAAGGUGCAGAUGAAGAGAUUUGAGGUCCUAGUAAUCCGUCUUCGGAACAGCCUGAUCAAGAUGGGCGAGGAGUUGUCCCAGGCAGCCAAGUCAGAGGCCCAACAGCGGGACAACAGCCAAUAUUAUCAGCGGCGCCUGGAGGAGCUAAAGGCAGAGAUGCAGGAACUGGCCCGGCGGGAAGAGGAGGCCAGCCGUCGAUGCAUGGAGCUGGAGAAGUAUGUGGAGGAGCUGGCCGCUGUGAGGCAGACAUUGCAGACAGACCUGGAGACGUCCAUCCGGCGCAUCGCGGACCUGCAGGCAGCGCUGGAAGAGGUGGCAUCCAGCGAUAGUGACACAGAAAGUGUCCAGACGGCCGUGGACUGUAGCAGCCACAGCAGAAAAGAGGAGGACAAUGUCUCUGUCGUCAGCUCCCAGCCAGAGGGCAGUCUACGGUCCUGGAUGAGCUGUUCCCUGUCCCUAGCCACAGAUACCGUGAGGACCCCCUCUCGACAGUCAGCUGUCAGCGGCCCUCUCCUCAGCCCCAGGGUGAGUGAAGAGUCCAGAGAUGCUGAGAAGCUGAGACCAGCGUCGUCGGCAUCGGCGCUGAGUGGAGCCUGGGAUGCUCCCAGGCAGACCACGAGGGGUGGUUCCGCGUCUCUCCACCCAGUCUUCCCACAAAAGGCCUACCAUUUGGGGGAUGGGGAAGGCUUUGCUGUCCACGGAAAAACCACCCCAGAGCGAUCAGUUACCCUGUCCUCGUCUCCCCCUUCUCAAAGCAUGGCGGCGUCACCCUUGCCCAGGGACAAGCUCCCCAGCCCGUCGGCUGCUCUCUCAGAGUUUGUGGAAGAGCUCCGCAGGAAGAGGGCCCAGAGAGGCCAGGGUUCCUCUCUGCACCUGGGGGAAGGACCCACGCUCCCCAUUUUCCAGACCACUGGGGCUUCCUCACUUAGGAGGGGCAGAGCCAGCAGCGACGAGGGAGACCUCUCACUGAGGACUGGAGCAAAGUCUCCUCUGGGAGCAGAGGGGAACCCCAGGGCCACAGCCGGUCUCCCACGGUCCACCAGUCUCAAGUGUAUCUCCUCAGAGGGCACCGAGAACGUCGCCCUGAUGCCUGACAAGCAGAAGACACGGUUUGGUUCCUGUGAGUCCCUCUUAGAGUCAGGACCCAGCACAAGGAGAAAGCUGAGCUCCCCCGUGGCACUCAGGGACCCACUCUUAUCACCGACGCUGCGGCCCAGGAGGCGGUGUCUGGAGUCCCCUGUGGAUGAUGCGGUCUGCCUGGACCUUGGGAAGGAACCUCUCGUCUUCCAGAACCGCCAGUUCUCUCAUUUGAUGGAAGAAACUCUGGACAGUGACCCAUUCAGCUGGAAGCUUCCGAGCCUCAAUUACAGACGCCAGACCAAAGUGGACUUUGAUGACUUCCUUCCAGCCAUCAGGAAGCCCAGCGCUCCUUUGUCCGAGGCUGCCAAAGAUGGGACGGAGGCUUCAAAGCAUCCAAACGUCCACUUUGAGAUGGAAGAGGCCGACCGCUCUUUUCUCUCGGGGAUCAAAACCAUUUUGAAAAAGAACCCAGAGUCGAAGGAGGACCCCGCUCACCUCUCCGACUCCUCCUCAUCCUCCAGCUCCAUCGUAUCCUUCAAAAGUACAGGCAGUAUCAAGAGUGGUCCAAGAGUCCCCAGACUCCAAGGUGACGGCGGCGAGCGGAUGUCCCCCGAGCACAGAGAGCCUGACCCUGGGAGGAAAGGGGACGAUGUUGAGAGCAUAAUGAGGAAGUACCUCCAGCAGUAGAGACUGGUGCAGCCUCCCCAGACACCACUGCUGCCAAAGACACCCACUCCAAAGUUCUGGAGAGAAAGAGAGAGACCCCCAGGCCCCUGGGGCCCACCACCCAGAGCCAGACACCCUGGUCACCCUCAAGAUGUGGGAUGGGCCCAGAGAGGCACACCCCAGUGGGUCACCACGCUGCACAUGUGCUUGGUCUGGAUUCAAUAAAGUUGAUUUCCCUGGA